AUAUGUUCUCCCUUCUCCGCGCUACAAAGGUUCAUUCUAAGCCAAAAUAUCUUAAAACGCUCUUCCAAAGGACCAGAAUUGCUGCCAGCCUUCGCCAGCAACACCUAUUUCCUCAAAAUAUCUCAAUUUGUAGAUAUUAUAGCACAAAUCUCAAGAAGAAAAUUAUUAAUCAAAGGAAAAGCGAAGGUGAUGACCUUAUGAGGCAAUUUCUAGCUAUGAAGCAGAAAAAUCAGUACUAUGAAAGCCUUAAUGCAGAUAAGGGUGUUGAUAAAGGCAGCCAAUACUCUGAGACGAGCCAGGAUGUUGAUGUCAUCAGAGGAGAUCCCAAUACGUUGAAUAUGAGCAAUAUGACUGAAGACCAACGCUCAGAGAUCGAUGAGCUACUUGAGCUUGAAAAUGAGGUCUCUGACCUUCUCAAAGGUGUCAAGAAGAAAGAAGCUACAGGUCAAUUCCUGUGCGAAGGCUGUGGAGUCGGCCUCCAGCACGAUAAUAAAGAUACUCUUGGCUUUGUGGAGAAAACUAAAUUUUAUAAAAAUGUCAAACACAAUUAUGAAAGAGAGCAAACUCUUGGGAAUAAGUUCUCACAGGGAGACAAACAAAAUAUUUAUGAAGAAAUCAAAGAGAAUUUCGGGGAUAAAAUCCCUCUCGAGUUGAAGAAAGCCUUGGAAAAGGAAAUUGAACUCCAACAGAACGAUGUGCUUGGCUCUAGUUCUGUAUCAGAGGUGUUCAAGGGCAAAGAAGUCAACGAGGGCGACAAUCAGUAUGUCCAGCAUAAUUUAGAAACAAUGCUUGAGUUGGAAGACUUGGAAUUACCUACUGAGAGCGAUCUUAGGAACACUAUGAAUAAGACUAAAAGGAGACCUCUGAUUUGUAAUAGAUGAAAUGCUCUAAGGUUUCAACAUAAGCUAUUAACGCCUCAGAAACACCAAAAGGACAUCAAGCUACUUUCCGACUUUGUUCUUGAUUUCGACCAUAAAGGGAUCAUGGACUACAUCAAGAAGCAUAUUCAUUACAGGGACAUUAUUAUAAAAAUUGUGGACAUUACAGACUUCCAAGGAACUAUAAUGCCUGAAAUAUUUGAGGUUGCAAGACACAACAAAAACCAUCUCAUUCUCGUUGUUAAUAAGGUGGAUUGCUUGCCAAAGCACGUCAGCUUUAUUCGGACCCAGAAAUGGAUCAGAAGCAUGAUCAAUCCGCUUACUGAGGACAUUAAACUCACUGUGUGUCAGACAAGUGCUAAAACUGGUUACGGACUUUCAAAAAUAGCUGAGAUUUUGGACAAGAUUAAGAAGAUCUAUGUGGUAGAUAGAGUUUACAGGAGAAAACCUAAAAUUUACGUAAUGGGCUGCACUAAUUCAGGCAAGAGUUCCUUCUUAAACCAGCUUAUUUCUUACACAACCAAGAACAAAGAAAAGCGCAGUAAAGGGAAAAGAGGAAAGACUCUGUACGACCGAGAAAAACAGUUUAAAGAGAGAGGGAUGAAUAAGGAUAACAGACUCAUGCAAGACCUUUUGACUGUAUCCCCAAUUCCUGGAACUACAAUGGACUUUAUAGAGGUAGCUGAUCUUAAGUAUGGGUUGAAGAUCUACGAUACCCCUGGAGUCCCCAAUCCUGGCCAAGUCAUUUCAAGGAUUGAGGAUUACCAAGAUGCAAUCCAAGCUCUGAAUAACCAGAAGAUCAUGUCCUUAUCUUACGAAGUCAAAAGUGGGUACUCAGUCUGGCUUGGCGCAUUGGCAAGAAUUGAUUUCUUAAGUGGAGAGAGAAAGAACUUCACGUUCUUUGUUUCACCACAUGUGACUAUUCAUAGGACUCCUUUUGACAAAGCUGAUUCUGUUUAUGAGAGUCAGGCUGGAUUAUUGCUAAGACCCACAUAUACAUCCGUACCUGAAGAAACUGAGUUUGUCAGUCAUGACAUUGAUCUAAAGCUAGAAUCUGGGUCUCAAGCAGGCUUCGAUAUUGCUAUUUCAGGUCUGGGUUGGGUAUCUCUGACUGGGAAGGGGUUUAUCCAGCUAAGGCUGAGAAUCCCAAAGGAAAUAAAGUUCUCUGUAAGACCUCCUCUCAUGCCAUUUGAAGUAAACGAGAGAGGACUCAGCAAGUAUACAGGGAAUACAGUCAAUGCGAACAGUAAGAAGAAUAUCAAAGGUAGAGAAAGGUUUUUACUAAGAAAGAAAAUGGAAGAAGAGGCUAUAUCUAAAAUUGCCCCAGCAAUUUAAGCAGUUAGAAA